ACCGACGCGGUGGAGGGGGCGGACGUCGCGCCCCACCUGCCCGACGAGGGCGGUGGGGUGGACGCCGGCCCCCACACGCGCAGCAGUUCAGGUCCAGGUGAAGGCCGGAUGAUGGCAGGGCUGCAAUUCGCGACGGGAUAUCCCGCGGAGUCCGUGCGAGCGUUCCCACGCCGUCGUGGGAACGCGAGCAGACGGUGGUCGUCCCAGCAGCCCGCGGACUGUGACGCGCACGGCAAGCGCGUGGCUCCCGGCAGGAGCCGGCAGGAGGAGUUGGCUGCGCUAUAAAGGAGGCGUCAAAUGGGUCGCCAAGGGAGAGACUCGGGUUUUAGAAGCUGCCUGCCUGUCGCGAUGAAGCUGUUGCUGUUCGCCACGCUGGUCGCCGGACUUCACGCCGCCAAUCUGGCUCCCAACGCCGACCCGCGCUACGUGAACAACUAUGACCAGCUUCUGAACUUCAACUGCCCUUCCCAUCAGAGCAUCUCGCAAGUGCAGAGUAUUCACGACAACGGCAAGGAAGACCGGAUGUGGGACUUCCGCUGCAAAGGUACCUUCGACACGAGCCGCACCGUCACCUGCACGCAGAGCAACUACGUCAACAACUUCGACGAGGCCUUCUCCUUCAGCUGCCCUUUCCACUCGGCUCUGAAUGGCAUGGAGAGCUACCACGACAACGGCAAGGAGGACCGCAGGUGGAAGUAUAAUUGCUGCGCCCAGAGCAAUGUCUGCUUCAGCGAGUGCUUGUGGACUGACUACGUCAAUAACUGGGAUGAGCAGUUCAGCUGGACCGUCCCAGACUCCUACUUCUUAGCUGGUGUGUCCAGUUAUCACGACAAUGGCAAAGAGGAUCGUCGCUGGAAAUACCAUUUCUGCAAGAAGAUAUCUUGCUAAGUAUUUAGCAAAUGUGCCAACUGUGAUACCGUGUCUGCAAAAGACAAAUCGCAUAAAAAUUAAUUCUUGACGAAUAUGGGAUGUGUCUGUGUGUCGUUUGUGGCAGUGCUACGGGUAGUAAAUUAUAUUGAUAUUAAUAAUAUGGCCUCGAUAAUGUGGACUCAAUUGGGAAUGAGGGAAUAUGUCUUGCGUGAUUAUGCGCGAGGAUUAUUAUCCAGCAUUUUCGAGGCACGGGUGUGUUGUGCACCACACACUGAUAUAUAAAACUGUUAAAUUCACGAUGUUAUGUGGCCAACAGAUGGCAGCAAUUGAAUGGGAAUCCUUUGUCCGGAGCUUUGGGUGUGAAACUACUACUGGCUAGGCUGGGAUCGAGGUCAGGUCACUGGGUUGAAAUCGCAAACCACUGCACCACCGCUCCCUAUUUACACAAAUAAAUUAGCACAACAAAGUUCAUCUCCAAUAUGUUCGUUAAACCAUUGGGGAUAUCUGUCAAAAGGAACAGAACUGGAAAACAGCAAAGUGUACCUAUGGCGGCUAUUGAAGUC